UAUGUUUUGAUAAACUUACCUUUUUUUAUUUUCCUAUUUCUUCUCCACUGCCACCCCUUUUGUCAGUGUGAAAUCUGCCAGAACAGACUUCCCCCCACCACUCUACUAUAUGAUGGGUAUUUAAUUUUUUAUUUUUCAAAAACAAAUUAAUUUAAAUAUCAAAAAUCAAAAAUAAAAAAUAAAAAUAAAUAUACCCCCAUCCCAAAAAAAUAAAAAUCCAACAUAUUUAAAUACUUGAGCAGAGCAGUUGGUCUAGCCAGCAACUUUCCAACUCUUCUCUUCCAAGUUUCUCUCUCUAAAAUUCUCUCUCCUCCCAAAAAUGGAGUCAUCAAGUGAUGAAGAAAGGAAGAUUAAUGGACAUCACCAAAACGAAGAAGAUGAAGAACAAGAUCCUUCUAAAAGGAAAAAGGGUGGUUUCAUUACUAUGCCAUUUAUCAUAGCAAAUGAGUCAUUUGAGAAGGUAGCAAGUUAUGGGUUGACACCAAAUAUGAUUCUAUAUUUAAUGAAGGAUUACAAGAUGAGUUUAGCAAAAGGCCAGAAUUUGCUGUUUUUUUGGUCAGCUGCUACAAAUUUCUUCCCUCUAAUUGGUGCAUUUGUUGCUGAUUCUUAUCUUGGGCGUUUUCUUACCAUUGGUAUUGGUUCCAUCAUCAGUCUCUUGGGGAUGAUUCUUAUAUGGUUGACAACAAUAAUACCACAUGCUAAGCCUCCACCAUGCAAUCCGUUAGCCAACGAUUGCCAAUCGCCUACAGCAGGACAGUAUGCCCUCUUAGUGUUCGCCUUUCUUUUAAUGUCAAUAGGUGCUGGUGGUGUGAGGCCUUGUUCUCAAGCAUUUGGUGCCGAUCAAGUGGACCGAAGAAAUAAUCCCAAGAAUAAUAGAGUUUUAGAAACCUUCUUUAGUUGGUACUAUGCUUGUGCAUGCCUCUCAGUUGUGAUUGCUUUGACUGUGAUCGUGUACAUUCAAGAUAAAUUUGGUUGGAGGAUUGGUUUUGGACUCCCUGCAAUUCUCAUGUUCUUAUCGGGCCUUUCCUUCUUCCUCGCUUCUCCUUACUAUGUGGUCAGUAAGGUUAAAAAGAGUCUUUUAACUGGUCUUGUACAAGCAGCUGUUGCUUCUUUCAGAAAUAGAAAAAUGACGCUACCACCCCAAGGGUCAAACGUGCAGUAUUAUCAGAGGAAGGAUUCCACAACAGCUGUUCCAAGUGACAGAUUGAGGUGCUUGAACAAAGCUUGUAUCAUUCAAGAUCCUAGCCAAGACAUUGGCCCUGACGGAUUGGCCAAAAACUCGUGGAAACUGUGCACAGUGGAAGAAGUUGAAGAGCUAAAGUCUCUCAUCAGAGUCCUUCCGAUUUGGUCAACUGGAGUCUUAAUGUCAUUACAUACAAACCUAGGCUCAUUUGGUCUGCUCCAGGCGAAAACCAUGGAUCGACACCUAGGCCCUAAUUUCGAAGUACCAGCUGCUUCAUUCAGUACAUUCAUGAUCAUUGUUAUAGUACUGUGGAUUCCUCUAUAUGAUCGUGUAAUCCUUCCAGUAGCAUCGAAGAUCCGUGGCAAGCCAGCUCGCCUUGGUGUGAAGAUGAGGAUGGGGAUUGGUCUAUUUUGCGCGUUCAUGUCCAUGUUUGUCGCUGGAACAGUGGAAAACAUAAGAAGACGACGUGCCAUCAGUCAAGGGUUUGCCAACAAUCCUGAAGGAGUGCUCCACAUGUCCGCCUUUUGGCUUGUAGUGCAACAUUGCUUUAGCGGCUUAGCUGAGGCCUUCAAUGGUAUCGGACAAACAGAGUUCUACUACUCGGAAAUGCCCAAGAGCAUGUCUAGCAUAGCAACAUGUCUGUUUGGGGUUGGGAUGGCAAUCGCAAGCUUGUUAGGUAGUGUAAUAUUGAACUUAGUAGACGAUAUUACCAAGCACGGAGGAAAGGACAGUUGGGUUUCGAGCAACAUCAACAAGGGUCACUACGACUACUUUUACUGGCUUAUAGCAACAAUUUGCUUCUUGAAUAUACUGUAUUUUGUGUUCUGUAGCUGGGCAUACGGACCCGUUGAAGAGCGACAAAAGAAGGUUGAUGAUGAAGAAAAGUUGGCUAUGCUUAAGAGUACAAGUCAGCAUCAGAAGGAAGACGUAAAGAGGCCUUUGGUGUAUUAAAAUUAAAUUGAUUACGAGCUUGAUGUAUAUUUUGGUAAGAUUACAUAAAAUCAAUGGUGGAUUUCUGUACUUUAGUAUAAGUAAAGUAUGAUUUAGAAUAUAGCUGAUUGUUGUGCUUGACCUAUGACCAAGUAUUUUGUUCUUAGAAAUGUUUUUUAUAGGUUUUUUUUGGUGUUUUUUUUUUUGCUUGUAUUGGAAUUUAAUGCUGUAUGUAUAUGUAAUUCAGGUAUUUCUCUCUUUCCACUUCAUUUUUCA